CCAGUCGCCACUCGCCACCGUAGUGCGUCGAGGUAGGCGCGCCUGCGUGGCACGUGACGUCACCCCUAUCCUCGCCUCCCCGCCCGCCUCGCCUGCUGUAUUCCAACUGCGUCUACGCCGUCGCCGACGCGAAAUCAAACUACCCACUCCGGAAAAAGCGCGGCCCGGCGGCGGCUGCGACGGCGGCGAUGUUGUUGCGGCGGAUGCGGUGGAUGUCGGAGGGGGACGGGCGGUGGGAGCUGGACGCGGAGACGCCGGCGACGAUGGAGGGCACGGCGCGCCCCGUCCCGGGGGACCCCUUGCCGCUGGGGCUCUCCCGGGGCCCCCGCGUCACCCGCCCCAAGCAGCUCGACUUCUUCCACCGGUUCAUGGCGUCCCCGCUCGUCCCCACCUUCUCCGCCGCCGACGGCGGCCUCUCCGUCCACCACGCCCACCUCUUCCACCUCACAGAGAACUGGUCUUUUACCAUCUUGGAGAAAAUUCAUGUUCCGAAGCUCGUGUCUGUCGUGAAAGAGAAGUUUGCAAAUCGACAGGAAGAGGCCCCAUGGACCAAAGAUUUGAAGAAACACUUGCAUGAUGUUAUGUCUCUAGGUGUAGGCACAGAACUCUUGAUCACACCAGACACCACUUUGCUGCUGGAGUUAUAUGAUAUCAAGAAGGGAGAUCGAGGAAAAGCGAUAUUUCACCACAAGCUUCCUCAUCAAAAUGUUACCAUCCAAGCAUCUUGUCCUGGAUUAUUUGUUGAUAAAAAAGGAGUAUAUUGGGAUGUGCCAUUGUCAUUAUCAGCUGACCUUGCUUCAGUUGGCUCCAGUUCUGGAUUGAGUUAUCAUCUAUUUUUGCAGAAGAAUAGUGGGGAACCAAAAUGUUUUGGUGGUGAUGAAACCAAUGAAGUUCCUAUUGCUCUGCUGCCCGGCUUAUGUGCCAAAGCAGCUGUUUCCAUCAAGAAAAGUAUUGAUGCUUGGAGGAAAAAAGAAGAUAAGCUAAAAAAUGUUCAGCCAUAUGAUGUAUUUCUCUCGGAUUCACAUGUUUCGUUUACUGGUAUCGUUGGUGCAGUAGCCAGUGGAUAUUUGGGGGAUUGUUCAAGGAGAGUGUCUAUACGAGAUGAAACACAGAGGAGUAAUGCUUUUAGGAUGUUUAGCGAGAGGAAUAAAUUUGCUGCCUUUGCAGACCUCUUUGCUUCUGUUACCUUUACUGCUCAAUAUGGGAAUUUUCAGAGGCUUUUUCUGGAUUUGACAAAGGCAAGUGCCCGAUUUGAUAUUGCCUCGGGCUCAUUGUUCUUAUGUGGUGCUUCUCGCCUUGCACAAGAUUUCUUCUUCUCUAGAAAACCUGACAUCGAGACAUUUUGUGAUGUUUGUCCAGAUGUUACUGUUUCUUUUCAACAGCAGAUAGUUGGGCCUUUCAGUUUUCGCAUUGAAUCCUCUGUUGCCAUUGAUCCUAGAAGCCAGGACCGUUUUGUCCGAGUGGAUGAUUCGAUAUUUGCAAUCGAUUGGGCUCUGAAGGUCCUGGGUUCCGCAAAGGCAACAGCAUGGUAUUCCCCCAAACAUCAGGAAGCCAUGGUGGAGCUCCGUUUCUUUGAAGCAUGAAGUCUUCAGCUUGCCAUGAAUGGCCAUAUAAAAUAAUUCCAGGAUUUCAUGGUCACUCUGAAUCACUGAUGCCACUAGGAUCAGAUCACAUAAACGUUGAUGCUCUGAUCGUCGAGCCAACUGAUCCCCUUGUAACAACUAUUUAAGAUGCCCUCUUUAUUUACCGGCUGAGUCAUCAGUUUUCUGCAUCAGGCUAUGUAGCUUGUGCUGUUCUCGGCAUUAACAAAAGGAGUUAUACUGUGUCGAGUCUAGAGUAGUGCAGCUUGAGCUUGUUAGAUGAACUUAUGUGAGAAUUUGUUUCUGGUUGUCUCAUCGGUGUACAAAUAAAAUGCUUUUUUUAGACAUCCAUUUUGUUUAUCGUGAA